GCCGCCGGAAUAAUAAUACAGCCAAUGUACAAAGCUUAAUUAAAGCACAUUACAAGCUGCUUUUCAAUUCGCCUGCACCGGGUUUUCUUUGUGACCUGCUGAAGCAUAGGAAUUUGGGCGCUCGGCGACUUCUCCAGCAGGGCCAUGAUAAAGGCCUCGUCUUUCCUCACUACAAAGCCCUGGCUUGUGUUUCUGACUCAUUGGUUCCAGUUCAAGGGGGCUGCUUUUAUUAUAUCUUUUUUUUUUCUCCCAGAUUCUCAUCACAGCCGGACGAUUGUUACAUUCUUCCUUCUCGGAUUACCUGGCUCAGGUGGAGCCUUGGCUGGGAAGUUGACUCUAGAGAUCCUCGUGUUCUGAGUGUUGAUGGACGCGCCCUUCAGCCUGUGCUGCCCCAACGCCAUGCACACUGUGCGCAUUGUGAGGACUGGCAGAGCCUGGGAGUACAGCAGCGCAACAUGGAGGGCAGCGGAGACCCAACGCCCUCCGUAGACAGAAGACCACCGGAAAGAUCAAAGGCUCCUUCUAAGAUCUUCUGGGGCCUGCUGGCAGUAGCGUUGCUGUUUUCCAUAGUGGGAAUAAGUGUGGUCGGAUUUCUAGGCUGGAAAGACAAUCAAGCAAAGCCUCAUCUACAGGUUGUCCGCCUGACCUUCAAGAACCCCCAAGGUUCCCCUAUGAACCAGUCUGCAGUUACAGACAGAACGAGGAACACCGUGACCUACUGGGUGACCUCCAGGAAUCAGACCUCCGUAGUACUGUUCGACAGUAAGCACAACUUGGUUUGCUAUAAGGCUGCAGGUGAGAGAUCUUGCUUCCUGCGCAAGAUGGACAUACACGACUUUGAAAACAUCCGGUCCAUUCUAAACAUGUCUGAACCCAAGGAUGAGGCGAUCCUUCUACAGAAUAACAGGACACGGUUCUACCGGGAGUUCCUAGGGAUCUUGGGAAGUCGGAAAGUCAAUUAUGAGCUUGUAGGGGAAGCAGUGCAAAUGCUGUGUGACCAGCUGCCCAUUUACUGGGUGAAGAAGAGUGAAGGCUCGGCCAGGCAACGUCUGAUUUACCUCUGCAUUGAUAUCUGUUUCCCCAACAACAUCUGCGUCUCCGUUUGUUUCUACUAUCUGCCCGACUAAAGCAACAUUAACCUUUCAGCAGAAGUUUGCACAUAAUUUGUAAUGUUCACCUUAGGAUUUGUCUUGUAUAUUCUGUAACCUUGUGUAUCGGCCACAAUAUGCAAUUCACCCAGCCCGCUCAUUAGUGCCUCCAUAGAAGUAACAGCCGCGUAGAGUAGUAGAGACAAGGUGAUGUCAGCCAGGGAGAGGCAACUGUAUUUUUGUGCUCAAAGUUUUAAAGAAAUACAACCCUUAUUUUGCCUUCACUUGCUGAACUAGUGCAAUGAUGAUGGGGGCUGCAGUUUUACAUUAGCGGGAAUCUUGGUGUCUUUGCCUCUUUUAUCAACUAACUGAUCCGGCACUGGCAUUUUAAGACAUUAUUGUAACAAAUGGAAGCGAGGGGGGAAGACUGGCCUAUCAGGAUACCAGGGGAUCUCCCGGGGCAGCCCACUAUAUGACUAAUCCCACCAGCUCUCCAAUUUGUACCACAGAGCUUCUGUGAAAUCCAGAAAGAACCUAAUACAUUUAUAUCUAAUCGUGGGUCCUAGAUGUCAGGUUCUCUGAUGAGCCCUAGGAGGCCCAGUCAACCCUGGUCCCAUUAGUUCUCUGCUGACAUGAGGGUUCAUUUACAAACAUAGGUGCUGAACAGUUUAAUUGCCCAUUGCAAUAAAUCAGCAGUUAGUUUUUAGCUAGAAAAUAAAAGCACUCACUGAUUGCUUUAAGUGGCUGCAUUUGUGCAAUUUUUGCAGCUAUCAGUAGUAAAUAAACUCCAUGAAGUAAAAUACUUUACCUCUUUUCAGUUAGUCUGUUUCAUGUUUUAGGGCAGAGACACACGCUCAGAUUCGUGGAAGGGAAACUUCGGACGACCUUGGAAAAUGAUCCGAGUGUCAUCCCGCCGUCGAUUUACAUUCUAGCCAGCGGGAAGGCUGUUCGGGGAGAUUAGUCGCCUGGUGCCAAAUCUGAGCGUGUGUGUCUGUCCUUAGAAAGGAAACUACUAGCCUGCAGUAAUCUGCCAGCCUGCUCCUUCUCCCACAUCUAACCCCCCUUCAUAGGUUCAGUUUUUUUUGUAAUGUUAAAUAAAGUUUGUUGAUAA